CGAGCUCAAUUGUGCCACCAGGUGCAGAGUGUUUGGCGCACGUGAGGUGAAUAAAAAGUUACUUCCGGUUUCUGUAUUCGAUAAAUCAUCAUGUACUCUCUUUACCGCGCAUGGCUUGCCUUAAACCCCUGUACUGUCUUACCAUCAUUACCUGAAACUUCAGUACCUUUAAAUCUUUCACUUUCUACGCCAGGACACGUACCAGAAGCACCCGAUGUAACUUUACAAGUUGGACCAACAAGGACUCACUUUUCCGCCCAUAGAGGAGUACUCUCGACUCACAGUGGAUUUUUUAAAGCCGCUCUGGCCAAUCACUCAGAUCUUUUACCUAUUGCCGUACCAAAUGUAAAUGUGGAUGAAUUUUCGUCCCUUUUGACUUUUAUGUAUACGGGAUAUUUGGAUCUUAACGUUGGAAAUAUUUACAACAUACUACUGGCUACGCACAUCUUACAUAUGCCUCGAGCUUUAGAGCUGUGUAGAAACUUUUUGUUGCAACAAAAUCAACACGCGUCAGAUCACCAGAGGGUGAACGUAAUCAAACCCAUAGCCAGUCGGAAGAUGGCCCCACAGAUGCAGGAGAUUUUCACGCCAAAUGCGUUUGGAUGUUUAACGAAAAGCGAAGACACUCCGUUUAAAGUCGUAAGAACUGAUAAUCCGUUAACUACGGAAUCGACUAGUAAAAUUGAAAAAGUAAAGUCUAAUACCAAUGAGAGUGAAAAAACAAUCGAAAAGAAAAAUCUUUCAAAAACGAUAUGUAAGAAGAGAACGGAGUCUCUAUGUAGUUUGGAUAAGAUUAUCAUCGACGUGGCAUGCUGCGAUGGCCCAGUCCGUUUUCAUCGAGUUGUCAACAAAAACUAUGGUGUACAAGACACCGAAAACUUCGAUACAGGUCCCAAUCCAUCGUUUAAGAUAACAGAACUGAGUAGGAGCAGCGCGAUGAACAAAGCAAUGAACGAAAACAUUAUGGAGAAGCUCAAUAGCGACAACCAAUCAAACGAAGUUUUUACAUGCGUUUACUGUAACCAUACUUUCAAAUCCCAAUACUGCUAUCAGAAACACGCUAGGCGUCAUUUAUAUCCAGCCAGUAUCGAUAAAGUAACUCAAGUCGAAUCUAAAAGAGAAGUGAAGCUUUUGGACAUGAACGUACAAUAUUAUCCGUGCAAAACUUGCGGAAGCAAAUUUCCCAGUUACUAUUUUGUCCACAAACACAGAAAAAUGUGCCACGCCGAUGAAGUUCUCGAUAAAAACGGAAAGACUCACGAAAGUGGCAACGAAAACACUACUUCCAGGGACGAAAGUAGUAGCUGUAGUGCCAUAGAUGUUGAAGCAAUUCAUAAUGAAAACGAACAGGAAGUGACAUAAACUGUAUUUAAUAAUAAUACAAAUGUACCAACAUAUCAUAUUUAAUGUACUAGCCUAGUGUCAGUUAAAAAUACGUUUAAUUUAACGGAGUUAUUGAUCAAUAAAACUAAUAAAAGAAAAAGUAAAAUGUUAAGAUAAAUAUGUAAACAAUUUUAGUAAUUGCAUUGGGAAUAAUUAUAACUGGCACGAAAAUUAUCAGGAAAAUAUCUUUGGAUCUUUUUAUCGUUUAAAAGUAAUGAAUGUACGAAUAUGAUAAAUAAAAAAUAAUGCCAUUAUUUCCUUAGUAAUUAACUAAAUUAAAGGAGUAGCUCAAAUUUUACGCUCAGAUAUUCGAAUUUAUUUGUUAUAAAAUUGGAACAGUAAGUACUAGAAAUUAAUUGUUAGAUUGUAUAUGAAUAUUUGAGUAAAUAUUAUUAAUAUAGUGUGUAUAUAGAAUAAAUGAUACAAAAUUAUUUAUAUAAUUUCAUUCAUCACAUUUCAUUUUAAUCUUGAUAUAAAAUUUUAGUAUGGAUCAAACCACCAGUGUUAUCUUUCUAUAAAAACACAUUUAUGUUUAUUAUUAUUAUAUUUAAAGACAGUUUUAUACUUAUUAUGUUUAAAAAAAACGAAGACACUCGGUUUAAAGCCGUAAAAACUGAUA